AUUUUCUAGGGGAGUACUACUGACCCGACAGGAUCCAGUCCAGUCCCACAUCUUACAGAACAGAGGGGCAGAGAACUGCUGAAGACUGAGUUAUCAUGUCGGGACGCAACCAUCCAGAGGCUCCGGCGAGACGUGCUGCUCUCUCACCAGGCCCGCGACUCCCAGUCUGCUCAGCUGGAUGUCCAUGGGCAGAGGAUCUCUCAGCUGCAGAUGGAGCUACAGGAGAGCCAACUGGAGCUCCAGAGGGGACACAGCCGAAGAGAGCAGCAGCAGAGGGACCUGCAGACCCAGACACAGCAGGCAGAGGAGCUCCACACUCAGCUGGCUGAGGUCAAAGGGCGUCUUGUGCAGGUGGAGGGAGAAAAUGAGGCACUCAUGGGAUAUAAGCGGGAGCAGGGAGCCGAGAGCUCGGCCAGGGACAGAGAGGGCACAGAGAGUGUCCAGGCCGAGCGGAGGUGUGUGGACCUGGAGGGGGAGCUGACAGAGACCCGUGCCCAGCUCACGGAGUGCCAGGACAGGCUACAGGAAGCCAGGAGGAGGGCUAAGGAGCAGACCCAGAAGUUCCAGGCCAAGGAGUCCAGUCUGAAGAGCCAGCAUGGCUGUGUUAGUCAGCAGCUGCAGGACAGGAGUGCUGAGGUGCAGAGGCUUCAGAGGUCAUUGGCUGAGCUACAUGGACGAGAGAUGGAGUGGGAGAGAGAGACAUCUGCCCUGCAGGGCCAGCUGGGCCAUGCCAGAGAGGAGCUCCACAGCGCCAUCCUCAGGAGGCAGGAACAGCAGCAGAAGGAAGAGCUGUUUGGUGAGCUGCAGAGGGAGGUGGACAGACUGAAGAAUGAGAGACAGGAGAUGCGAAAAAAGCUUUGUGGUAGAGAAGAGGAGCUGAAGAGGCUGAGAGAUGAGCAGCAUCAGCUCAAGGACAAGGUGAGGGAGAGCGAUGUGCAGGCUGUGUGGCUGCAGAGCCAGGCUGACGUGGUGGGUCGGGAGCUCUGGGAGGAGAGUGCCCAGCGUGACAGGGAGCUCUGGGAGUGGAGGGACCGCUACCAUGCUGCUUCAGAGGGACUUAGGCUAAGGGAGGCUGGGCUUGAGGAGGUGCAGAGGGCCAGGGACACGGCCCUCAGAGGCCUGAGACUACAGGAGGAGAAGACCUACAGUCUGGGGGCCCAGAUGCAGGAGCUGCAGCACAGCCUGGACAGCCUACAGGGCAGGCUUGCCCAGAAGGAAGAGAUGGUCGUGGCUCUCAGAGUGAAGCUGCAGGACCAUGAAGAAGAUGCCCGCGUUCUCCGCCAACAGCUGCUCUCCUCCCAAGAUGCACUGCAGCAAGUUGCUGCCGAGCUGAGGUCAUGUAAAAGAGAGAGGGAGAAGCAGGAUAGCCAGUGUGUGGAGACAGAGGAGAGACUGGCUGAGAUCAGAGCUGAUCUGGUCCAACUACAGCAGCAGUAUACCACCUGCUAUGCCCAGCUCGUCCAGGAGGAGGCUGGGGUGGGCAGGCUGAGGGAGGAGCUGCGUGAGGUGGGGGAACAGAGGGACAGACUGGCCUUUCAGGUGACAGAGAACCAGGACCUGAGCCAUGACCUGGACCUGCUCAAUGAGAAACACAAGGCUGCACAGCAUGAGCUGUCAGUGCAGGCUCAGCAGGAGCAGGCCCUUGGAGAGGAGGUGCAGAGGCUGCAGAAGGAGGUGAGCUGUCUCCAGGGCAGCCUGAGUCAGAGAGAGGAGGACAUGGAGGCACAACUACAGACAACUGGCCAGCUACAGCAGGAGAGGGACAGCCUGCUCACACAGCGGGACAACCAGCAGGGGGCAGUGUGUGUUCUGCGUGGGGAGCUGCAGCGGUGGCAGGCGGAGGCCCGGGCUCAGCAGGAGAGCAGGGAGGAGGAGGUGUUGGGGCUGAGGGCUGAGCUACAGGAGACCCAGGGCAGGCUGCAGCAGUGUAGAGCAACCAUGAAGCACCUCCGCUCUGACCUGGAGCACGCCCAGAGACAGACCAGGCAGGCAGAGGAGGAGGCAUCUGAUAGGGAGAACCGUCUGUGGGGCCAGGAGGCAGAGUUGUCCAGGCUGAGGGCUGUGCUGCAGGAGGCUGAGAGCAGAGCAGCAGACACAGAGACCAGGCUGCAGCCCCUGACCCAGUCCCUGGAGCUGUACAGGGUCAAGUACCAGGCCUGCCUCACCAAGAUCUCCCAGCAGGACAGCACUCUACAGGCCCAGGACGAGGACCUGAAGGAAGCCAGGGCUCAGGUGGAGGAGCGGGACGAGCAUGUGCUGCGUCUGUGUGCCCAGGCGUUGGUGUUGCAGGGGGAGCUGAAGGCCCACUGUGCCCAGCUGGAGAGCGGGGAUGACGCCCUGAGUGCCCUGAGCCAGCACCUCCGAGACACCCAGAGAGACCUGGAGUCCAGCUGCAAACACAGCCAGGAGUGUGAGAUGGUCAUCAGCUCUAUGAGAGACAGCAUCGCUGCACUGAGACGACAGGUGGAGGAACAGGAGGAGAAUGUGGUGAAGAGCCAAGCUGAUUUCUCUGUCUACAGAGCCAGUCACAUCCACUCUGACUCAGACUACGACUCCCAGCUCUGCCGCAUCCAGGAACUACAACAGGCAUUCUCCCAGACCGUGGAGCAGUGUGCCCAGGCUAGCCAGGACCUCAGUGUGUGCCAGUCGGAGGUUCGUCAGCUGAGAGAGGAGGUGUCCAGACUCACCCAGCUCAAGGACAGCACUGUGGAGGGCAUGACACAACUCAACCAAUAACUUUGUGUUUACGAUAGAAUACAUA